AUGGCCGACUCCAAACCCCGCAAGCGCUCUCGCGCCGCGUGUCUAUCAUGUCAAUCGCGCAAACGCAAAUGCUCAGGCGAGCAGCCCUGCGCAACAUGCGUUCAGUCCAGUGUAAACUGCCAGUACAGCUCGGCCCCGCGCAAGAAGCGCAGAUCCACUAGCGCGUAUCGCGCGACUCUGCCCUCGCUGGAUGAAUCACAGCCACCACCAGAUGGACUGGCGUAUCCAAUUCCAGUCCCGACCGUCAGCACUGCAGGCAGUGCGGCGUCUCCUGGUGCAUUCAAUCGUGUUGGGGACUCUUGGGCUGUAGGCCACCAUCCCCAUCUCCAGUCGCAGUCGCAGUCGCAGUCGCAGUCGCAGUCGCAGUCGCAGUCGCAGUCGCAGUCGCAGUCGCAGUCGCAGUCGCAGUCGCAGUCGCAGUCGCAGUCGCAGUCGCAGUCGCAGUCGCAGUCGCAGUCGCAGUCGCAGUCGCAGUCGCAGUCGCAGUCGCAGUCGCAGUCGCAGUCGCAGUCGCAGUCGCAGUCGCAGUCGCAGUCGCAGUCGCAGUCGCAGUCCCUCGAGGUGAAUUCUGGCGCCGCGUUUGUUCGCAAACUUGGCUUGCGUAUUGACCCGGCGCGUGCGCCAAGAUUGCAUCUGUUUGGAUGGAAUGUGGGCGAGAGGCGAAAGGCGUCUCGGUUUUCUGUGGACGAUGUCAAUGCCAUGGCGACGAUGUCGUCGUCUUCGCCGCCGUCGUUGUUGACGCCGAAACCGCCCACCCCCAUCACAUAUCUUCUCAAUCCGGCAGAGAUGCGCAAACUAGCCACGAUCUAUUUCGAAAAGGUUGAUCCUUGCUAUUCGUUUCUAGAUCGUGAAUAUCUUUUCUCGCGCAUUACACAGCGUUAUGAGGAAAACCAACGCGAUAUACCAGAACAACCAUACGAUGCCGUCUUACAUGGCGUCGCAGCUUUUGGAUACCUCUUCUCACGUCUUGAUGUAGUCGGCUCCGAGACUCGGUCUGUCGAUGAAGCCCAUAGGAUUCUACAGAAAAGUGUCCUGGGUGCAGAAACCCCCUCUAUCGAUAUUAUAGCCGGAUGGGUUCUUCGUACAGCAUACCUGCGCAUGACGGCCUCGCCGCACGCCGGCUGGAUGGCGAGCUGUACAUUGAUGCACUUGAUCGAGGCAGCAGGUCUGCACCUCGAAUCAACAGACUCGGUCUCGACAAGUCUACUCCCAAGACCCCCAUCCCAAACAACCCAAUCGCGAAACAACAACUCCGAAACACCCAAUACCCCAGAUACCCGCCGUCGUCUCUUCGGCAUGGCCCGCCACCUAAACACCUGGAUCUCAUUUGACCUGGGCCGCUCCCGCGUCGUCCUCCACGGCGCAACAACCCAGAGCGCUCCACAGCCUCCAAAUCGCGCAGAUCUCCUCCACCUCCUCCCGCUCUCUGAAAGCCUCGACCCAACCACCUCCGCCCCGCAGGACCUCCCCGAUCUGGAAACAGCCCUAGCAUCCGUCCUGGACAUCGUCUACACAGAACCCUCCCUAAUCCUGGUCCAAUGCAACCUAAUGCUCUGUAUUUACCGCCGCGUCCGCGCUUUGAACGCCCACGCUCCGCUCUCAACCCGCCUAGACCGUGUUCUCGCUCUCGCAAGCCGCGGUCUCCGUGCCGCGCGCGAAGUAGUAGCCUCCACUUGUCCGUGGCACCAGGUCGCCAACGUUCCAUUUCAAGUCGUCUGCACGCUUCUGGCCAUCGAUAACCGUGCCGCGCUGGCACUGCUGCCAGAUGCGAUGCAGACGCUUAGGGAAGUGGGUACGGUCUAUGACACGGAGGUUAUGCGCGAGGCAUACUCGACGGCUUAUUUACUUGUCGCGAUGCAUCAGCGACGGAAGGAAGAUGAUACCCGCGCAUUGGCGGAUGUGCUGAGAGCUAAUUCUGCGGCUGCGGCGGUGGUUGCACAGCAGGAUGUUAGUAGGGGCCAAGAUGAGUUAGUUGAGGGCAGUGGAUUGGAGAGGAAGGAUUCUCGUCAAGAAGAGGAGGUGGUGGUGCAGCAGGGGGUUGGACCUAUUUCGACAGCACCUGUUUCGGAUGUCGAGCUGUCUUGGUUGGGGGAUUUGGUCAUUGAUAUGCCCAGUUUGCAGAAUUUUGAUCUGGAUCAGUUUCUUAUGACUGAUGUGCCAUGGCCGUUACCUGAGAUGGGGAUUUAA